AUGAGCCUUUACAAGGAUUAUACUAAAUAUCUAGAAGUUCAUUAUACUCUAUCUUCAGCAUAUCAUUCCCAAGCUAAUGGGUUGACAGAAAGGACUAUAAGGCAGAAUACUACAAAAUAUAAGCCUUUCUUCCUCAUGUAUGGAUAA